AUGGCUUUCCCAGAGAGUAAACUAAAAAUGCUGAAAAAUAUCACCGUCAUUGCUUUGGUCGCUUUCGGCAGUCCUUGCCUUGGAAAGAUUAGUUCUGCAAAACCACAGAUGGGAUGGAACACGUGGAAUACCUUUAAGUCUCAUAUAAAUCAGAGUCUCAUUGAAAAUACUGCUUCAACUCUAGUUUCCACGGGACUAGCGCGAGCAGGAUAUGAAUAUGUAGUCAUCGAUGAAGGAUGGCAAGCUUAUACUAGGGAUGCAAAUGGUCGCCAACAAGCCAAUUCAACCACCUUCCCAUCUGGAAUAUCGGGAGUCGCAAAAUACAUCCAUAAAUUAAGUCUCAAGGUUGGUAUUUAUAGUGAUGCCGGUAUAUAUGACUGCGGAUUCUUCCCAGGCAGUUAUGGCUACGAAGAGCUUGAUGCAAAGACAUAUGCUUCUUGGGGAGUAGACUACCUCAAAUAUGAUAACUGCGGAGGCUUUCAGGCCAAUACCCUCUCUGCCCAGGAACGCUUCACGAUAAUGGGAAACUCUCUCAAGAACUCCGGCAGAGACAUAUUUUACUCCCUUUGCCAGUGGGGCAAUCAGUUUCCCUGGUUUUGGGCAGACCAGUUCAGCGAUUCGUACCGCAUGUCUGGCGAUAUAACGUCUUCAUUUGCAGCUGACAAGAGCGGUGUUUGUAAGACUGCGUAUUGCCUUAAUACCGGGUAUGCGGGUGUUAGUGUUUUGACCAUGAUUCGAAAGAUGAGAGAGAUUUCUGGAUUUCAGGCUCCUGGGUCUUGGGCUGAUAUGGACAUGCUCGAGAUUGGAACCGGCACCAUGACCGAGUUUGAAGAACAAACGCAUUUCUCAUUUUGGGCAGCUCUCAAGUCACCACUUAUCAUCGGCGCCGACAUAACUACAAUUUCUAAGUCCUCGCUUGCAAUUCUUCUCAAUAAGGACGCCAUUGCUAUAUCUCAAGAUAAUGCUGGAGUUGCGGCUUCGUACCUGCCGGAUCUGUCUAUCGAAGGUUCUGUUCAGAUAUGGGCUGGUCCACUAAGCACUGGAAACUCCAAAUAUGUAAUCCUAGCUUUGAACGAAGGGCAGUCUGGAGUAAAUAUCACGAUUCCGCUGAAUGGCAUCUUCAAGCCAGAGAAUCUCGGGGCCCGUUACAAGGCCAGGGACGUAUGGGACAGGAAGAACCUCGGAACCAUCGAAAGCGACAUCACCUUGACGAAUGUUUCUAGUCAUCAGACCAAAUUGCUAGUGCUCUCGAGAGAAUAA